GGUAGCCGUCGAGGACAUCAUUCAACGCUUCUGGCCUUUUUAUCGUUCAUAGCAAUUGUCCAACCUGUUACAAGCGCCACCCGAAAGCUACAUUGUUAGUCGAAGCUCUGCAACUCCAAAGGAUAUAAACAUGGAGGGUCUUCUGUUCAACGUCAACGGAGGCUAUCUGGAGGGCAUAGUGCGAGGGUACCGAAACACACUGUUGACGAGCACGAACUAUAGCAAUCUCACGCAAUGUGAAACGAUCGACGAUGUCAAGACACAGCUGGGCCCUGCCUACGGCGAGACCUUGUCAUCACUCCCUCCAAAUCCAUCAACCUCCGCGCUCGCAAGCAAGACUACCGAGAAACUGGUCGCAGAUUUCAGAUACCUUCAAGGGCAGGCGACGGGAUCAUUAGCCAAGUUCAUGGAAUACCUCACAUACUCUUACAUGAUCGACAAUGUCGCACUCUUGAUCACCGGUACUCUUCACGAACGUGAUACAAAGGAGUUGUUGGAGAGAUGUCAUCCGCUGGGUUGGUUUGAGACCAUGCCGGUACUCUGCGUGGCCACCAACAUUGAAGAACUAUACAACUCCGUGCUCAUCGAAACACCGCUGGCUCCAUAUUUCAAAGGCAGUCUCAGUCACCAAGAUUUGGACGAGCUCAAUAUCGAAAUUGUGCGGAACACGCUGUACAAGAACUAUCUAGAAGACUUCUAUCACUUUGUUAACAACGACCCGGAGAUGGCACUAACACCUACUGGCGAAGUCAUGUCCGAGAUCCUUGAAUUCGAGUCAGACAGACGGGCCAUCAACAUCACGAUCAACUCUUUCGGAACGGAGUUGACAAAGGAACAGCGGAGGAAGCUGUAUCCUGAGUUCGGCAAACUGUACCCCGAAGGCAUGUUGAUGCUCUCGAGAGCCGAGGACCUGGAAGGUGUAGGCCUCGCCGUCAGUGGUGUUGGGGAUUACAAGCGAUUCUUCGACGAAGUUGGGUUCAACCAGCAGGGUGGUGGUGUUGGCGGUGGUAACAUGUCAGGAGGCAUGGGGAACGAGUCCAAGUCUUUGGAGGACAUGUUCUACCAGAAGGAAAUGGAGCUUUCUAAGUUGGUCUUCACACGGCAAUUUACCCACGCUAUAAUAUAUGCUUGGGUCAAACUAAGAGAACAGGAGAUUCGAAAUAUCACCUGGAUUGCCGAAUGUAUCGCUCAGAACCAAAAAGAGAGGAUCGGCAGUUAUAUCAGCGUGUUUUAAGAAGAAGAGUGUACAACAAAUCUCAUCAAUUGAGCAGCACGGCGUUCGGUAGAGGGAGUCCUGAAGGCCUUGCCAGUAUGAUAGCCACAGGUCUAAUGAGCAUCGAUUUCAACCACGACUUCCCUGAACUUUAAGCAUGCCAAUUGUGAGGCAGGUCCGAUAUUGUCGUUGGGUUUCUUCACAAUUUUGUCCUACUUCUCAGAUCGUGGUUGCCUCUUC